ACGCAUCGUUUUUAUAGAAUUGCAAAAUUCGGUGCUUCGCAAACGUUCAUGUUUGUCAGCUAGUGUGUGUACGUUUGUGAGUGAGCAUCAGUUCCAGGCAAAUCUUGCCCAAAAGUCACGUCUUGCCCAGCUGCCCAACCUCCCCUGGAAGCGACGACGAUGAGCGCCAGCAGCAGCCACGGUCCAUCGGCUUCGGUCAGUGCCGUUUCCACACCGAUAAACGCUGGAAACAGGCCGGAUUCGGCGCCGGCUUUCGGGAGUUCACAAGCAUCGACACCUCCACCGAACUCGGGCGGAAAGUUUCUUGAUGUCAAAACCGAGGACAAGAAAAACCGCCGUACGUCGUUGCAGAUGCUUUUGCCGAAACUGCCCUCGUACGAAAGUGCGGGCACCAGUCCAGGACCGUCGUCUCCAGGAAUCACGGGAUGGAACGACAACAGUCCAAAGAUCGAAUCGGGCUUCCCAGACAAGAACGACUCGGUCAAGCUGAAUCGAAAAGAGUCGUACAAAGCCCAGCGAAAGAACUAUCGGCGCGAGAAGAAGCGUGUAGCUUCGGAACUACUUAACUCCCUGCAGGACCCGGCAGUCAUCGUGCUGGCAGAUUGGCUGAAGAUCCGAGGAACGCUAAAGUCGUGGACGAAACUUUGGUGUGUGCUGAAGCCGGGCCUGCUGUUCAUCUACAAGAGUCCGAAGACGAAGAGUAGCCACUGGGUCGGCACGGUGCUGCUAACGUCCUGCCAAGUGAUAGAGCGGCCAAGCAAGAAGGAUGGCUUCUGCUUCAAACUGUUUCAUCCGCUCGACCAGUCCAUUUGGGCUCCGCGUGGCCCAGACAAGGAAACGAUGGGUGCCGUGGUGCAACCGUUGCCGACCUCGUACCUCAUCUUUCGCGCACCGAGCCAGGCGGCCGGCAAGUGUUGGAUGGACGCGUUGGAACUGUCGCUACGCUGUUCGGCGCUACUAGUUCGAUCGGUACCCAGCAUCGACACCACACUGACCGAGGGUGCUUCCAGUACCACACACGAAACCCAGUGGUCAGAGGCCGACUACGAGAAGCACUUUGACGAGCAUGUGCCAAAGUUGAAAGAACACUUGAAUUACCUGCUCAAGUAUCUACCUCCGUCGCCACCGGACAAGCAAAAUCUGCGCGUCGAGCCGAUAGAAAAGUCCUUGCCCCGUAGCGCUUGUCCCUCACCGACACCCAUCUUUCAACAGCUCUAUCUAGCGGUGGCCCACUGGGAGCGCUAUUUGCGUGAUUCGCCCGAAGUGUUGCGGUGCCGAUCGGUCGAUUUUGGCCAUCAACUGUCGACGUCCUCGUCUCCCGGUGCCGAUGAGGUGUUCGAUCGGUUGCAGGAGGACGCCUCGGCUGCGAUGCUGAUAGCGGGCGGCAAAAGACGCAAUUCGUUUCAAGCCGGUAGCCGAUUUGAUGUGCCACAGGAGAAUGGGGUCGUAGAUGGUGGCUGUCGCGACUCGAACCCUGUGGCUGACCUAAGAAAGUUACGACGGCGCAGUAGUCCUGCAGAUUUCUCCAAAUGUCACGGCAUCACCAUACGCGUGUCGGACGAUCAAUAUUUGGACAUCGACAGCCAGCUAGAUCAGGGCACAAUGGUAUCGGCGGGCGAAUCGGACUCCGAGUCGGAUCUUGGUGAAGGUUUAGACGUGGACGAGUUCCCCGAAACACCGUAUGUACAUUCAUCCGAGGAAGAGUUUGGUGCGGCUGGAGAGCAAGUGGAAGAACUGCCGGAGGAGCACAAGAGCUUGAUCUGGUUCCUGGUGAAGCAGGUCCGUCCCGGUAUGGAUCUCAGCAAGGUCGUACUGCCAACGUUCAUUCUCGAGCCGCGCUCCUUCCUCGACAAGCUGGCUGAUUCGUACUACCACGCGGACAUCCUCUCGAAGGCCGUGCUGGAGGAUGAUCCCUUUACUCGAAUGAAAACCGUUGUUCAGUGGUAUCUGUCCGGGUUCUACAAGAAACCGAAGGGACUGAAAAAGCCGUACAAUCCGAUAUUGGGCGAAACGUUCCGGUGUUACUGGCAGCACGAGAAUGGUAGCCGAACGUUCUACAUCGCCGAGCAGGUGUCGCACCACCCGCCGGUGUCCGUGUUUUACGUUACCAAUCGGCAGGACGGGUUCUGCAUCAGCUGCAGCAUUCUGGCCAAAUCCAAGUUCUACGGUAACAGCACGUCUGCGAUACUGGAGGGUGUUGCCACGUUAACGCUGCUGCCCCGAGGGGAAAGUUACACACUAACCGUGCCGUACGCGCAUUGUAAGGGCAUACUCAUGGGCACCCUGUCGAUGGAACUGGGUGGGAAGGUGACAAUCGAAUGUGAAAAUACGGGCUACAAAACCGAGCUGGAAUUCAAACUGAAACCUUUCCUCGGUGGCAAUGAGUAUACGAACUUGCUGGUGGGGAAGCUGAAACUAGGCAAGGAAACUCUCGCCACCAUCAACGGGCACUGGGACAGCGAGAUACGGAUCAAGGAUGCGCGAUCGAACGAAGAGUCGCUGAUGUUUAACGCAACGACGGACGUUCGCGCUCGGCGCUUGAAGCGCUUCACAGUGCCAAUGGAGUCGCAGGGUAUGAACGAAUCGGAACGUCUUUGGCAGCAUGUAUCGGCCGCGAUACACCGCGACGAUCAGGUGGGAGCGACCGAGGAGAAGACAGCCCUGGAGGAGGCACAGCGAAUCUCAGCGAAGGAACGGAAAGCGACCUGCACCGAAUGGAUACCGAUGCUGUUUCAGCAGGACUUUGUCACGGGCCAGUGGCACUACAAGUAUGCCGAUCUGCGCCCGUGGGACCCACGCAACGAUCUUCGGCAGUACGAGAGCAACUACCGCAUCCAGACCAAGACGCGCCAUCAGGCCCCGAUGGUGCGUACGGCAUCGGUGGUUAGCUCCGAUCCGUUGAACAUUAUGCAGGCAGAUUCACGCGGAUCGUUGCGCAAGAAUCGAUCGGCUAUAAUUAAGCCCCGGAAAAUAUCGUCCAAUACCUCGACACCAGAUCUGAAUGAUCCGAACUCGGACUCUAGUCACUCUGACGUGCAUGACAACGUGAUGUCUGGCAUACGCAUCAUGCAAAAACUUGAUGAUAUUCACAAGCAGGUAGAGGAUCACUCGAGGAAGCUGUGCAAAUUGCAACUGGACAUCGACAAAAUGCGGAGCAGCGGCACUUCGCUAAAUCAACCAAAACGAUGGGACGGUCGACUGGCGCCCAUUUUCUCGUCGGUUCACGUCAGGACGGUCGUGUUCAUGGUCGUUGGACUGCUGCUGCAAGUGCUAAUUACAUGGUUUCUUACGAAACGGUCUCUUGCCACAGUUCCGGGAGCUACUGGUGGUGGUGGCCCGAGCAGUGCCGAACACGACGAGAAGUAACGAGACGAUCAUAAUGUCGGUUCGCCAAUAAUCGUAUCACAAUUUUUCGAAACUUAGGAUCUGCCGUUUGAUACAUUUUUAUAUACUAUACAUAUGGGAAUAUUUGGCAAGUGAUAGAUGAACCUUACCUCUCCUCACUUCUCCUCUACUUCGCUCCGUUCGAUUCCAUCUCAAUUGUUGACCGACUUUAUCGUGCAGCAACUUUGCAAGCAAACGAGGUGUGAAGGAAAUCUUUUUUUAUCCUGCUUAACGGACGAGGUUCUAAUCGACAGCUUGAACAGUAAGCGUAUAAUCUAUUAUUUAUCGUCUCACAGAAGAAAGUGCUGGUGUAGGGAACACAAAAACAAAUAACCGCUAAAAGCUUUUGUUUUUGAUAGGGUUGAUAGGCCGCAGUAACAAAGCUUCAUUGCUAAGCUUUAGUCCUGUACAGGCGACAUUUCAAAGCGCCAAAAGUACUACACAUUCCACAGGAUUCGGCUUCUCAACGCUUGCAGCGCCAUCUGUUAGCUAGAAUGUGCAACGGCCGCAAGCUAGUCUUCCUCUAACUUUGUCUUAUUUGUAUUCCUCGUUUGAAAUAUCCCUCAAGGUAUUGAAUAUUUGUUUGAGCUAACACAUGUGCAAAUGUGCGUCAAUUUUUGCUGUUUUGGUGGUGACGAAAAUGUAUAAUUGCGCAAGGGAAACAUUUAUGAAGCACGGGAAGUAACGAACGGUUUCGUGAAUGCUAUUAAAUAGAAAAUAGUGUACUAGUAAUGUUGGUUCUAGCGCUGUGAAUGUUUGGUUUAUGGUUUAGUUGUCCAUGUAAAUAUUUUGUAGUACAAACGUACCAUCUCCGGGCAGGUUUAAGCACAUUCGUUGGUAAACUGCGUGUCCUUUAUUAAAAGUAGCAAUAAUGUUCUUGGCAGGGCGCUUGAAGCAACCAGAGGAGCACUUAUUCGACGGUUUAGGCUCGAGUUUGAUAGUCAUGUCUUGUAUGCGACAGUAACAGGGGUAAAUCUAUUUAACAUAAUUAAUUAUUUGGCUUAGGUUUAAAUGGCGUUGCAAUGUAAUUGUUAAAUUAAAUCGAAUGGUAUUAGUAAAACGAAAUGGUUAAUGACAUUCAUGUUGCUUGGGGCAACACAUCAAAUUUGUAAGAAAUCGGCAGCCUGGUUAGACACACUGUUUGUGACCGCUUUGUUACUAAA